AUCAUAGAAGAGCCCAAAACCCAAUCAAAAUCUUAAAAAGGUAGAAGAGAGAGAUGGCGAUGUGCGCAUUAACAACAUGGGUUUGGACAGCAGCAUCAGCAUUUGUAGUAGUAGUUGUUUUUGCAGCAGCAGCCAUACUAUCUCUAGUCCUUUUGAAAGAUGAUCACGUAAACGAAAACGGGAAGAAUAAGAAGAAGAAGAGGUUGGUGAUGCCCCCAGGUCCGAGGGGGCUCCCGAUAAUAGGGCACCUCCAUUUGAUAGGGAAAAACCCCCAUCGAGACUUCCAAAAGCUGUCCCAAAUCCACGGCCCCAUCAUGCGCCUGCGGCUGGGAAGCGUCGACACCAUCGUGGCUUCCUCACCGCAGGCGGCGGAGCUGUUCCUCAGAACGCACGACCUCAACUUCGCCACCAGGCCGCCGAUGAAGGUUGCGGACUACAUAAUGUACGGCAAGAAGGACGUGCUGUUCGGCCAGUACGGCCCGCUCUGGCGGGAGAUGCGCAAGCUUUUCAUCGUGGAGCUCCUCAGCAGCCACAAGGUGAGCUCUUUCGAGUCCUUGAGAAGAGAGGAGUUGCGUCUUCUCGUAGAGUCUCUCAAACGGUCGGAGGCGGGGGCGGCGGUUGACUUGAGUGCCAAGGUGGCAUCCAUGGUGGAGAACAUGACUUGCAGGAUGCUUUUUGGGAGGAAGUACGACGCGGCGGUGGCGGCGGCGGGGGCCAUGGUUGAGAAGGGGGGUUUUAAGGCUGUGAUUGAUGAGGCGGCUCAUUUGGCGAGCGUCCCUAACCUAGGGGAUUAUUUUCCUAUUCUUGGGAAGCUUGAUGUGCAAGGGUUGGUUCGAAAGGCCAAAGUGGUGAAGAACCUCUUUGACCAAUUCUUUGAGAUGAUCCUUGAGGAGCAUGAACACAAAAGAGUUCCAAUAAUGGAUGAUGAACAUGAGGAGGAAGAAGAAGACUUUGUUGAUAUCAUUUUGGGAAUUUUUAAAAACAGAGAAACCUCCUUUGAGUUCACACGCCAACAUGUCAAAUCCAUUAUGCUGGACUUGGUGGUUGCUUCGGUGGACACAUCCACAACACUGAUAUUGUGGACAAUGUCGGAACUCAUAAAGAACCCAACAAUAAUGAAGAAGGUGAAGGAAGAACUUGGGAGACAAGUAGGGUUUGGUAGGGUGGUGGAGGAGAAGGACUUGGAGCACUUGAAAUACUUAGAGAUGGUCAUAAAGGAGUCGCUUCGGAUGCACCCCGUGGUGCCAUUAUUACUCCCUCACGCAGCCAUCGAAGAUUGUACCGUUGGCGACUUCCACGUGCCGAAGAAUGCCAGGCUCGUUGUCAAUGUUUGGGCAAUCGCGCGGGACCCGAGCGUGUGGGUCGACCCCGACACGUUCGUGCCCGAAAGGUUUGAGGGGAGCAAUGUCGACUAUAGAGGUCGACAUUUUGAACUCAUCCCGUUCGGUUCGGGCAGGAGGAGUUGCCCCGGCUUGCAGCUUGGAAUAACCACGGUUCGCCUAGUGGUUGCCCAACUUGCCCAUUGCUUUGAUUGGGAUCUCCCAAACCCCACAAACGCAGACGCCACACGUAGCCAAGACUUAGACAUGACCGAGGAGUAUGGGUUGACUUUGAAUCGAGCCCACCACUUGAUGGCCGUUCCUAGUUACAAAUUACUAUUUGUUUAAGAAAUACCUCCCUCCCUGAGUAUUUGUUCAGUUUAGACUUUUUUCGAUCAACUGUUUUUAAUCUUUGAUCUACAAUUAAAUAAAAUAUGUAUUGUAGUUUAAUUAAAUAAAAUAAUAUUUUGAAAAUACUUGAUAUAAUAAAUCUAAUAAAACUCUUUUUGUAUC